UCAGACGAUUUAUUUUCGUUGAAUCAACUGGACAAUGAUUCUGUGAUAAACUAAAAUUUUUAUUUAUAAAACCAAAUACUGCGCUGUCCUGAUUCGACAAUAGAUUAGAUUACUAAUAAAUAAAAAUCUAAGAAGACUAAAUUCUUUUUUUUUUUAAGAUUACAAUUCGAGUAAAGUAUUUUCUCAUGCGUGUGUUUAUAUUUACAUUUGUCACAUAGUUGCUCAUAAACAAUUUGACAUAACAUUGAAAAUAACUCAAAGAGCAAGAAUUUGAUUUAACAAUAUCGAAGAGGCCACUGACUUUUCGACGAAAAACAACGUCGGACAUCGAUUUAUCGAGUGUUAUUUUCACUGUCCGUUACGAGAGAGAGACGAGUGUGGGUAUUACGCGCUCGCUCCAAAUGCACUUGGACAUCUCACGGCGGUUCUGCGUCAACGCGAUUAUUCAUACGCGCGACACGACGCUUGCUGCGUAUGAUGAGUGCCGACGUUGGGAAUAACAGAAAGUUGCGGAUGGCGAUGGGUUUUCAAUAAAUCUUAGUCCGGUUUGAUUGAGACGUUGGACUACAGCUGCACGAGAGUGCACGAGAGGAACGUUUAGAUAAAUUUUUAGAUUAUCGAAAUACUUGACAAGUCUGAAACAAUAUCAUUAACACAUACACAUAGCAACGAUUAUGUCAAUAGUCAUGCACAAAUUGUAGACAAAUCAUUUAUAUGAAUAUAUUUAUUACUGGGUAUAAAAUUUUAUUUGGACAUUGAGGAUUUUAAAAAACAGUUUUAUUCGUUGGAUUUACAUCAACUUAAGUGUAGCACUUCUCCACAUACAAAUAUUUAUAUAUUUAUAUUAUCGUCACUUUUCCAGUACAUAUGUAGAGAGAAUUUGUACAAUUUCAUGAAGAUAUAUUUCGUGAAGAUAUAUUUGAUGAAAAAACAAUAUUUUGACAAUUGAUAAAGUCAGACUGAAAUUUCAUGCCUAAUUCUGUCAAGAAAGGAAGACAGAAAGAGACAAAGAAAGAUACAUUUAAAAUUUACAAUUUGUGUAUUGGAGUGCAAGUAAAAGUUUAUUUUAAUUAGAGCUAUGAUGUUGGUGCCAAUUACUUUAUGUUUUUACUUAUUUGGGUUUACAAGUGGCUCUAUCUUGACAGCACCACCUCUAUCAGCUUUAAUAGUCGCAUUUGAAAAUGUGUAUGAUUUGUCUUUACUUGCCAAUACCUUAUCAGAUCAGGGGAUCGACACAACAUUGGUAGUAUCAACUUAUACAGCUAAUGAGCUUUACAACAAUCUAAUCGAUGUUGAAGUGUUACAAUUGAACAUUAAUAAUAAUAAACCAGCACACAGUGCAGAGAAGCGUGCAAUAGAAGCAUGCGACAGUCUACUCAGGGAUCAAGAAGUACUGAAAAGAAUAAACGAAUUGCAGCCUACGUUCACUAUAUUCCCAGCACUAAGACACGAUAGCUGUUUACUACCGUGGGUGCGACAUAUCGAAUCGAUUCCGGUGAUUUGGAUAGGAAAUCCGGAGGAGGAAGUAUAUGCGUUCGAGAACACUGGAGUCGCUUUACCGAUGCGCAGUGGUGGUUUUUGGACGAGGAUCUGGAUGAGAUUCGAUGAGCAUUUCUUAUUCCACAACGUUAAGAUUAAUUAUCAUUUUCACAUUUUGCGCUUACUAACUAAGUACUUACCGAAUGCCAAUAACGACAUAAAAGACGACUAUUCCGACGUUCGUCUGGUGCUUUGGGGAGCCGAUACAGUCUUGCGUUCCAGUUUCGCAUCGUUGACGCAGUUACUCGUGGAGAUCGGCUGCCAUCACUGCAGAGGUCCGCAUCCGUUAUCAAAGGAUUUACAGAAGUCUAUGGUAGAACACAGACAAGGUACCAUCAUUGCUCUCUUGGACGAUAGUUAUGAGACAUUGGUGACAGAAUUGGCGAAGAAAUUGCCUCAGGGUAGAGAAGGCCAAGCCGUCUUGUGGAUGAUUAAUAAGGAUAGUACGAAUACCGAUUUACCGGAAAAUCUCUUCAUUCACGGCAACAUCGAUCGGCAAGAUCUCAUAGGUUACAGCCGAACCCGUGUGGUAUUGAGUCACUGUGCCGAUACGGAGUUCCUGGAAGUCGCGUUUCAUGGCACGCCGGUGAUAUGUCUGCCGCGGAACACGCACGAGUCCCGCAACAGCGAACGCGCGGUCGAGCUGGGCUUCGCGUACACUACGGAGGACCACGUCACCGGUGAGGAGAUCGCGAAGAUUGUGCAGAGGAUUCACGAGACGGUUGCCUAUCGCGAGAACGCACGUAAAGUCUCGCUAGCGCUGCGCGAUAGACUGAACCCGGCCUCGGACCGGCUAGUCUACUGGCUCCGCUACGUCGCUAGGACCAAGGACGGCGGCAGCGACAGAUUCCUCAGGCCGAGCAGCAGCGCCAAGACCUUCGCCGAAGACAGGAUGUUCAACGGGCUUUUUCUCGGUAUCUUCUUAGGGAUCGUCGCGAGCAUCUUCUUUAUGGUGAUGCUACGCAUAGUCAUGAAAUACGUACAUCGAGAUCAGAGUUCGAAGGGACGGCACAUGCUAUAAGAGAACGGCACUACACUCAUAUCAAGGAAACGAGUCGAUACAUAUAUACAUCUGCAUUUAUGUACGGACAUUUUUGCAUAUGUAUUUAUAUAUAAAUGCACGUAGAGUACAGGUACAUACGAAUAUACAAGUGUUAUGAGCUAGGCUUUUUGUCUCAUAGCUAGCGAAGAGAUUAUUAUUGUUAUUAUUAUGAGAAUUACUUAUAAUUAUGUUAUCAUUAUUACGAGAACGAAUUAUUACUAUUACUAUUACGAGCUGACGAGCAUAAUUCGACUGGAAAGAACUACGAGAGCAUAACAUGAUGUAUUAUCGUGAAGAAAAUAAAUUACAGUUUGUCAAUACUGAGUUCUGUA